ACUUUAGCCGAUGCAAAAAUGUCUGAUAGGAGAUGACACUUGUUGGUAAGUCGGUAUAAUGUGGCCGAUCCUAGUUUACUGGAACUCUCGAAAACAGCAUGCUGACUGCUGAGUAAAUGUUGUAUAUCUUGUCAAAGCCAAGUUUAAAUCUUUUUUGGCACUGGCCAGUGUUCAUUUUGUACUCUCACACGUGAUCCGAGGAUUGUCAUGGAUUGUAUUAAGGUCAGAAAUGAUGUCUGAUUGUUCCUGGUUUACAUCUUGGUCACAAAUCUUACCAGGAAACAAGAGCAGCGUGUCAAAAGUGGAAGUGAUGAGUGUGAGAAAGAGGAAGUAUGGUUGAGAAAGGAAAAGCUUUAGUGUUUAGAAUAGAAAGUGACCCAAGCACAGAGGAAGAUGAAAGAGGACCAGGACGUGGUUUGACGGAUGUGGUGGGUGCGCUUAGGAGUCACAUGACGUGCGUGUGUGUGUGUGUGUGUGUGUGUGUGUGUGUGUGUUCCAUUAGAGAAUGUGGAAUACUGUCUGUUAGGGCUGCAUACAGAUAUUGAUUUUCCGAUGCAUCACAACCUUCAAUAUUGAUGAAUCAAUAUGGAUAUGUGUAAUUUCUGCACUGCUAGUGGAAAGCACUUUCUGAUUCCCUCUGAACAAAUAGGCCAUACUGAAUGAAAGGUGAUAACUGUUUAACCGCAUAAGGAGCAAGAUCACUAUAACAUAUACACACUGGAUGGAAAGCGUGGCACAGGAAUCGGCUCGUCCGAAAACAUCACCGGAUUGAUCGGGAGCUGGGUGUGCGGUGCGGGAUAUCCAGUACAUGAAGAGAGUACAUAAAGACAUGGCGGCCACGGUAUUUCUUGCUUAAGAGUGACGGAACGUUUAUCGGCUAUAAAGAGCGACCGCAGGAUGUAGAUCAACUCGAGACACCGUUAAACAACUUCUCAGUGGCACAAUGUCAGCUGAUGAAGACAGAGAGACCCAAACCCAACACAUUCAUCAUACGCUGCCUGCAGUGGACCAGUGUCAUUGAGCGCACCUUCCACGUGGAGAGCCCCGAGGAACGGGCGGAAUGGACCAAAGCCAUCCAGGCUGUGGCCGACAGUCUGCACAAACAGGAAGAGGAGAUGAUGGACUCAUCUCCAGACCCCAUGGACAUGGAGAUGUAUUUGACCAAACCUCGGCAUAAAGUGACUAUGAACGACUUUGAAUACCUCAAACUGUUGGGUAAAGGCACUUUCGGGAAGGUGAUUCUCGUGAAGGAGAAGGCCACGGGAAAAUAUUACGCCAUGAAAAUACUCAAGAAAGAAGUCAUUGUAGCCAAAGAUGAAGUGGCUCACACACUCACAGAGAACCGUGUGCUUCAAAACUCUAAACACCCCUUCUUAACGGCUCUAAAGUACUCAUUCCAAACCCACGACCGUUUGUGUUUCGUCAUGGAGUACGCCAACGGAGGAGAGCUUUUCUUUCAUUUGUCCCGGGAUCGAGUGUUCUCAGAGGACCGAGCACGGUUUUACGGGGCUGAGAUCGUGUCUGCGCUGGAUUACCUGCAUUCAGAGAGAAACGUGGUCUACAGAGACCUGAAGCUGGAGAACCUGAUGCUUGAUAAAGACGGCCACAUAAAGAUCACAGAUUUCGGCUUGUGUAAGGAGGGAAUCACUGAUGGAGCCACCAUGAAGACGUUCUGUGGAACUCCAGAGUAUCUGGCACCUGAGGUGCUGGAGGAUAAUGAUUACGGCCGUGCGGUGGACUGGUGGGGUCUAGGUGUUGUGAUGUAUGAGAUGAUGUGCGGUCGGCUGCCGUUCUACAACCAGGAUCACGAGCGUUUGUUUGAACUCAUCCUCAUGGAAGACAUCCGUUUCCCUCGCACACUCGCUCCCGAGGGCAGAUCCCUGCUGUCCGGCCUGCUCAAGAAAGACCCAAAGCAACGGUUAGGCGGCGGCCCUGAUGAUGCUAAAGAGAUCAUGCAGCACAAAUUCUUCACUGGGAUUGUGUGGCAAGACGUUUAUGAGAAGAAGUUGAUUCCUCCGUUCAAGCCUCAGGUGACGUCAGAAAUCGACACCAGAUAUUUUGAUGAAGAGUUCACAGGACAAACCAUCACCAUCACACCACCAGGACAAGAUGACAGUAUGGAGUCGAUUGAUAGUGAACGGAGGCCACACUUCCCUCAGUUCUCUUACUCUGCCAGUGGAACCGCAUAAAACCUUCAACGAGAUCUGCCUCUGGUCCAACAUCUUCAACCUCUCUUGACGCAGAAGUUUCUCUUUUACAGUGACCAUCAAUGAUGCACGACUCAAACAUUCACAGAGAAACCCUGAAACUGUGUGUUAAAUAACACUGCACCGGUCUGCACUUUCUGACCUCCGGUUUGACCUUUACACAUGUCUGAAUCUGUACCUUCUGCUAAUGGAAAAAACCAUUCUCAUUGCUUCUGUGGCCUUUGAUUUUUAUCAUUUUUCUAAAGGAUAUGAGAGGGAACAGUAAAAACAUUUUCCACUCGAACAACUUGAUUAAAAUUGUGGAUUAAUAUGGAACAGAAAUGGAUUGUAUAGCACUUCAUUAGUCUGAGUAUUGAGAAAUCGAAUAACUAAUGCAAUGCCAAAUAUCAUUUUAUUUACAUUGAAAAAUUCCAAUUACAUCAGUCAGCCAGUUUAAACUGAAACGGGAUUUUGUACAGAUGUUUAGAUUAUCAUCUGCUAUAUUUUUGAUUAUAUGAUUUCUAGACAUUAUAAACUGGACUACUUCUACCCCCCCAAAGUACUUAUUGUAUAUUGGUCUAUAUUGCCUUUGCAUUUGUAAUCAUUUGCAUUGAAUGUGCAAUACUGUGGAAAAGGAAAUUCUCCUGAACUAGAAAUGAACAUUAAAAACUCCAUCAGAAGGGGUGAAUCUGUGUGUGUCAAGAACAUGCCAGGUUACGUCCGUAUUUCACUCCAAAAUCAAAAGAAAGAUAUUUAGCUUUUUUUAGAACCAUUAAGAGUUUGAUAGUGACAUAAGUUUUUACCUUUAAGUAAAAGUAAUUAGUCAUUUUUCUAUUAUGUGCAAAAACAGUGCUAUUUAUACAUUAUGGCGGUAUUUGUUGUACUGUCUUUAUGCUGGUGUAAAUAACAUUUUAUUACAGUACUGAGAAUCACCAUUGAGAAAAAUAUAAUUACAGAAAACUCCAAAUUAAAACGUCUGAACACAUUACAGUAAUGAUGAUUUAGAGAGAAAUGUGCUUAAUUGUUAUGAAAAUAAUGUCCAUUCCAAAAACUUAAUGGUCCUUGAAAAAACCUUAUAUAUAUAUAUAAAUGCAAUUAUAAUUUUUUAUUUUAUGUGAUUUUUUUUUUUUUACAAUUUAAUUUUUUAUUUUAUGAUAUUUUUUUAAAUGUAAUUUUUUAUAUUUAAUGUUUUAAUUUUUAAUUUAAUUUGAUUUGUAUUUUAUUUUUACAUUUUUUUUUAUUUUAAUUUUGUUUUUUUGUUUUUUUUUUUGUUUUUUUUAUUUUGUUUUUUAUUUUAUUUUAUUUUAUUUAUAUUAACUUCAGUUACGAGUCCAAGAGACCAUAUAAAUGCAUGAUAAAUGCAUUUCUCUUGCCACACCAUGCAAAUCUUAAUUCAUUUUAUAUUUCAUCUGCACAUUAUAAGCGUUUCAUACAACUUGUUGAAAGCAACAUUUCUACACAUUUGACUGAAUCUGUGUAAAUACCACGAAGCAGUUGCGAUCGUAUUUAGUACAAGCACAAAUAUGAUCAUAAUUGUUCUGAUCAUUGUUUAUAUCAUGUGUAAUUAUCACCACACAAAUGUUAGUCAGCUAACAUAAAUGAAUGUAAAGGCUUUCCCCUUCAUUUUCACUUUAUGACCUUAUAUGCAAAACAACUUUUCAAUUUUUUUUAACAUGAUGUUUCAUAUGAAUUAUGCUCUUUCGUACUGUCCUGUUAUCUUUUUUACAUGGGGAGAUAUUUUACUUUUUUAUCUUAAAAUGUUUUUGUCAUUUUUUAACACAAAAACUAAAGAAUACAGCUUUAGGAUACAAAUAAUAUAAGAUUUGUAUACACUGUUGUUCAGCUGUUUUUAUGGUUUAGAUUUUUUUUCAUUGAAUUUAUCAAAUAAAGUUUUGGCUACA